UCCUGGCAGUGAGUCGACGUGUUAAAACCAAACAGAGUCCAGCACAGGGUACCGAUGGAUCUGGAACUUCUGAACUGUGAAUGAACAAGAAAACAAAAACAUAUCAACCCAGCCCUGAAACUGCCAUGAUGAAGCACAAAGUCUGACGAUCACAGACUGUUGAUCAUAUGCUGCUGCUGUUCCUUAGAACUCGCACAAAACCAACUGCUGCAUUUAUGACUUUUACAUAUAUGUCUUAAAAAAAAGCAUAUUUUCCUUUGGUGAUCGCACUUUUAAUGGUGAUGUGGACUCAACGGGUUAAGUGAAAUGGAAAGUUUUGAGCUAUUGAGCUCAAACACAAUGUUUAUAAUUGUAGCAAUUAAAAAAAUAUAUUGUUGACUAGCAGCGAAACCAAUAGAACACAUUCCUCUCUAAAGCUGACGACAUCUUAAGCACAAAUAUGAUAUACGGCAAUAUGGAAAUAUUUCAUGUGAUCCUGUCAAAGCUGUUUUGUGUUUUGUGCGUACUGUUGUUUCUCUCUUAAACCUACUCUGGGUUUAUUAUAUUAAGACUACCCUGGUUAGGGCAAGCCGAUGUUAGUUCCGUAAUUACGUGUAAUGUAGCACUGAUGCAGUUCCUCUUACUUAAAUAACAUUAUGCCCAUCAUACUGUGAGAUCACUUUCUGUGUUUAAGGCUCCUUCAACUGCGAAAAUUCUGAUUGCAGUGAGUUGCUAGUCUUGAAUGCGAAAGGCCUUAUGGGUAUUACUGAAACAAGAAAUGAAGACUGAGGAGCUUGUGAGUCUACCGAAUCUUCAGAACAGCACUGAAGUGAUUUCCCCCUCGGUACAACUUUUACACUUUUAACUUUAAUACCUCAAAAUCAAUUGAAAAAUCAACUUCUUCCAUAAACUGCCCCAACAUAUGCUCUAAAAACAAGUUCUUCAUUCUAUUUAUCUUCAUUAUAUAUAUAUAUAUAUAUUUGUAAAGAAGAAGCAUUUGUUGUUUCAUGAAAAAAAGCCAAAGAAAGUUUACGUAAAUAGUCUUAAAUAGUGUUAAGUGUAUGCAGUGUUUGACAAAUAUGAUCCAUUGGCUAUAUUUUCAAAAUGACUGCUUGAAAUGCCCUUGCUGGUUCCUGGGGCAGCUCAAUUAUUGGUUCACUGUUCUUAACAUGUGUUCAUGCAUGCUCUAAAUUUAAGAUAUUCUCCUAAACGCAAAUCUUACUUUGUGAUUUUACUUGUCUUAAGUGUUAAACUAUGCAUGCAAGAAAUAACUGACAUUUGUAGCAGAAUAUAUAACAAAUAAAAGGUUUUUAUUGAAACUAUUAUUAUGUAGAAUAGUGUUUGUGUUGUAUGUAUGCCAGGCUCAGACCCCAAUUUUAAAGUCUUAAAGAUGAAAACAACCUGACGCUUGCAUAACAAUUUAUUGGAUUUAAUGGAGAAAAUUAAGUUCUUCAAACCAAUUUUAAUCACCACAUUGAUGAAUAUUACAGGAUGCUAAUAAUAACGCCCUCAGUUGACACCGAGCCGUCCCGUCUGCGGUCCAGUGACAGUCCCGUUGCCAUGACGACCGUAUACAACUCCGUGCAGCUGAAGUGCAGCGUUAGCAUGUUGUCAACGGCCUGUAAAAUCCGUCCCGAAAGGCUCGUCCCUUAACCCGGACUGUCCAGGUGGAGCACUACCUGGCCGUCUGUCACCUCAGUCCUCUUCCGGGACACGACCGGCGUUAGGACGGCAGCAGUCGACCCACGGUAGCGUUAGCUAGCACGUUAUUAGCCGGUAGUCACGGGUCGAACGGAGCUCUAUUAUUAACCUGGAAGCUCCUGUGUAAGCCAGCGUGUUACGACACAAACUCAUCUCCGCGUCCUAAUAACCGAUCGCAUACACCGGCUGGCGUUCUUUGAGCCAUUUGAAAAGCUGGAGUGACUGAAAUCAAGCUAUUUUGAAAAGAAAGCACACCCCAGGUCGUCUGCAGACACUGAGGCUUCAAACUAACAAGGCUUUGGGUAUCGCUGUGCUGCACGGCCCGCUUGCCCUCCGUGUCUCUUCGGCUGCUGCGCAGCAUGAGCUGGUUUACGUUUCCAGCGGACAACCUGCUGUGCCGGUGUCUCGGCAUCUCCAUCACUUGUCUCCACGUCUGGUUGACUAUUCUGCUUGUCUUCAUAAUCACGCCAGCUGUACUUGGAGUCUCUUUUGGUAUUCGCAGACUCUACUUGAGGACCCUUCUCAAGAUCUUUGAGUGGGCAACCUCACGAAUGGAGAAGGAAGCAAAGGAGAAGAAUCAGCAACUCUAUAAACCAUGUAGCAAUGGAAUCAUAGCCAAAGAGCAGGCGUCGUCGCUGCAGCAGGAGAUCCAGGAGCUCCGAGGUUCUCCCAGCGGUCUGCCCUCAGUGCCAGAGUUUGAGUUGGCCGACAUCUUCUACUUCUGCCGGACAGGCGUGGAGAGCAUCUUGGACGACGAGGUGACGAAGCGCUUCUCGGCCCAGGAACUGGAAGGCUGGAACUUGCUGACUCGAAGCAACUACAACUUCCGUCAUAUUAGUGUGAGACUUACUGUCCUGUGGGGCCUGGGCGUCCUCAUCCGCUACGGCGUCCUGCUGCCUCUCAGGGUUACUCUGGCAGUCGUUGGCAUUUGCCUGCUUCUUGUGUUGACUACUUUAGUUGGCUUUUUACCAAAUAAAGAGUUAAGGUUCUACCUGAGUGAGAAGGUUCAUCUGAUGUGUUACCGAAUCUGUGUGAAAUCUCUCACAGCAAUCAUCACCUAUCAUAACAGAGAGAACAAACCAAAGACUGGUGGUAUCUGUGUGUCUAAUCACACAACACCCAUUGAUGUAAUCAUCUUAGCCAACGAUGGCUGCUACUCCAUGGUUGGCCAGGUGCACGGAGGGCUGAUGGGAAUGAUCCAGCGAGCCAUGGUCAAAUCCUCUCAUCACAUCUGGUUUGAAAGAUCAGAAGUCAAAGACAGACACCUAGUGGCCAAAAGGCUCAGCGAUCAUGUUGCCGACAAAACUAAACAGCCCAUCCUGAUCUUCCCCGAGGGUACUUGCAUCAACAACACAUCGGUGAUGAUGUUUAAAAAGGGCAGCUUUGAAAUCGCCUGCACAGUCUAUCCGGUGGCCAUCAAGUACGAUCCUCGCUUCGGGGAUGCUUUCUGGAACAGCAGUAAGUUUGGCUUGGUGAGUUACCUCCUGAGGAUGAUGAGCAGUUGGGCCGUUGUCUGCAGCGUCUGGUACCUGCCGCCCAUGAACAGAGAGGAAGGGGAGGAUGCAGUGCAGUUUGCCAACAGAGUGAAAGCAGCCAUAGCUGCGCAAGGAGGACUAGUGGAUCUAAUUUGGGACGGAGGUCUGAAACGAGCAAAAGUGAAAGACGCUUUUAAAGAAGAGCAGCAGAAACUUUACAGUGAAGUUCUUGUAGGGGGGCAGGAGACGGGGGACUGAAGCAACAACACACAUUGGGAGAAUAAAAAACACCGUGAGCAUAGAAGCAGUGCAGCUUCGACCGGGACAAUGAGGACACAGGGAAUGUUUGCCGCUAUCCAGGCUCUUAUAUCGGAUAUCUUGAAUUGUUUUUUAUUAAUGUUAAUUAUUGAAAUGUAAAUGAUCAGAAGUAGAAAUGUGUUUAUUCUUACUGUAACCAUCACUUUUACCAGAUUCUCAGUGAUAACUUUUUUACAAAAAAAUAAUGUUUAUGUUUUUAGCGCUGUAUUUAUUUACAUUGUUUGAUGUGAAUUUGGGCAGAAGUGAACACUACAGUACAAGAAGCCCAAACCCUCGGAACCAGACACAAGCUUAAUAGGUCGGUUUGUCCUUAAACUUGUUCACACAGCAAAGUCUUUUCGUGACUCCUUUUCACUGCCAUGUGAGCAUGUUGUAUAUCAGAUUAAAACGCUGACCCCUAUGUAAAUAAUUCAAAGUUAUUUUAGAGAUUCUUUGCACAGCCAUGGAGAACAGCGGCAUGUUCCGUGCCGGGUGCUUCAACUACUGUUGCAUCGCUGUCAGACGGUGGCGGGGCCAACGCUUGUGCGUCAGAUCGCUAAUUGGCUGAAGGCUCUAUAUGUGUCCUUGGCUUUAAUCUUUUACAAGGAAGCAGGCAAAGUAAAAUAAAAUGUUUGAAGGCCAA